CGUCAUCAACCCCGCGAGAAAUUCUCAAGCAAUUUUUCUUUUUUGCCAAGUUUUUGUCGGAUUUAGCUGAAAAAGCUCUACCUUUGAAAAGAAAAUGCGAGAAUGCCUGUCAAUCCACGUCGGUCAAGCAGGAAUUCAAAUCGGGAAUGCUUGUUGGGAGCUCUACUGUUUAGAGCAUAAUAUCAAAGCUGAUGGUCUAAUUCAAGACAUUCAGUUUGGCGGCGAUGACUCCUUCAACACUUUCUUCAGUGAGACUGGAUCGGGAAAAUAUGUCCCCAGAGCUGUGUUUGUGGAUUUAGAACCGACAGUUGUUGAUGAAGUGCGARCUGGCCUUUAUCGUCAACUUUUUCACCCUGAGCAGUUAAUCAACGGGAAAGAAGAUGCAGCGAACAAUUACGCUAGAGGACAUUAUACAGUUGGCAAAGAGAUCGUUGAUCUUGUGUUGGACCGAGUCAGAAAGAUGGUCGAUCAGUGUUCAGGUCUUCAAGGUUUCCUCAUCUUUAACUCGCUCGGUGGAGGCACUGGUUCUGGCUUUGAAUCACUGUUAAUCGAGAGGUUGUCUGUAGAUUACGGCAAGAAAUCCAAGCUGGAGUUUACAGUGUAUCCAGCACCAAACAUCAGCACUGCAGUCGUUGAACCGUACAAUGCGAUCCUCAACAUGCACACCACUCUGGAGCACUCUGACUGCUCGUUUAUGUUCGACAACGAAGCGAUCUUCGACUUGAGCAGAAGAAACCUCGAUAUUGAACGUCCGACAUACACCAACUUGAAUCGAUUAAUUGGUCAAGUCGUUUCAUCCAUAACAUCGUCGCUUCGAUUCGAUGGAGCAUUGAACGUUGACCUGACUGAGUUCCAGACAAAUUUGGUUCCUUAUCCACGUAUUCACUUCCCAUUGGUUACAUAUGCACCAAUCAUUUCGCCCGAGAAGGCUUACCACGAACAGUUAACAGUACAAGAGAUUACUCACGCUUGCUUUGAACCCUCCAAUCAGAUGGUGAAAUGUGAUCCACGUCAUGGCAAGUACAUGGCUUGCUGUAUGCUGUUCCGUGGAGACGUUGUACCUAAAGACGUUAAUGCUGCCAUAGCUUCAAUAAAAAUCAAGCGUUCUGUCGUCUUCGUUGACUGGUGUCCCACUGGCUUCAAGGUUGGUAUCAACUAUCAGCCACCCACAGUUGUUCCUGGAGGUGACUUAGCCAAGGUUCAGCGUGCUGUCUGUAUGUUGAGCAACACCACGGCUAUUGCUGAGGCAUGGGCUCGUCUUGAUCACAAGUUUGACUUGAUGUAUGCCAAGCGUGCUUUUGUCCAUUGGUAUGUUGGAGAGGGAAUGGAGGAAGGGGAGUUUACUGAGUCUCGAGAAGACAUGGCAACGUUAGAAAGAGAUUACAUAGAAGUUGGACAUGACUCGAAUGCUAGUGAUGAAGACGAGGAGGAGUACUGAAUAAUGACAUUGUCAUUUCUCCAUCACUGCAACUGUAUCAAUUCCACUGGAACGUUCAAGCCAAAGCAACUUAAAACAAAUUUAAUACCAUCAACAAUGUGUAAUGUGCAUUUACGCUGAUAACUGGGAAGGUCCUCGCCCCUCCCCCCUCCCUUKCACCAUGAAACAACACGCUAUCUUUCACUGUCAGUGACGACUGCUAAAGUUAUUUUCAUGAACAGUUUUUUCAUUAAAGAAUCACACAUGUAUGAUUGCAAUAUUGUACAUAUCCCAUAAUAUAUCAAGUGUUACCAUGGCGACCAUCAAACUCAAUCUGUACAAAUGRAGAGGGUGAAAGCUAUAUAAUGAUAAUAAAGCAUUUUAUUUUGUCA